CAGCAAGGCAUUGGCUGCUCUGCUCAUGGCUGAGAGGCAGAGCUGCUGAUUCGCUCUGGAAAGGCUGUGGCUGUCUCCAUUGGCCCCAGGACGUCCUUGGCAGCUCCCACCUCUGUGUAUGUGACUCUGGGCUGUGACCUCCACCGUUGCCCCAGCUAAGCAGUGAGGACUUGCUGAAGCCCAGAGGGCUGUGGGACCAUGAACGCAGCUCUCUGGACCCUGGCACUCGGGCCCCUUCUUCUCAAUCUCUGGGCAGUCCCCACUGGUGGACCAGGUGCUCUGAGGCUGGCGUACAGACACAGCACGUGCGACGGAGUGGUGCUGGUCCGACACCGCGGGGUGUGGGGAUACGUGUGCAACCAGGAGUGGACGCUGGCAGAGGCCUCUGUGGUGUGCAGGCAGCUGGGCUGCGGUCCCGCCGUGGGUGCCCCCAAGUAUGUCCCGCUGCCUGGAGAGGUGGCCCAGCCCUGGCUCCACAACGUGUCCUGCCGGGGCAACGAGUCCUCCCUCUGGGAGUGCAGCCUUGACUCAUGGAGCCAGAGCCCGUGCCCCCACACAUGGGUGGUGGUCGCGCUGUGCUCCAACGGCACAUUCCGGGAGCUCCGGCUGGCGGAGGGCCGCAGUCCCUGCGCGGGACUCCCUGAGAUCAGAAACGUGAAUGGGGUGGACCGCCUCUGUGGCCUGCAUGUGGAGGAGGCCAUGGUGUUCUGCCGGGAGCUGGGGUGCGGCCCUGUGCUCCAGGCCCCCCGCCGGGACGUGGGCGUCGUCAGGAAGUACCUGGCCUGCAGGGGCACCGAGCCCACCAUCCGCAACUGCAGACUGGACAACAACUUCCGCAGCGGCUGCGACCUGCGGCUGGAUGCAGAGGUGGUCUGCUCAGGACACACAGAGGCCCAGCUGGUGGGCGGUGAGCACCCCUGCGCCGGGCGCCUGGAGGUGAGGCGCGGCCUGACCUGGGGCACCAUCUGUGACACAGACCUGGACCUGGCCACAGCCCACGUGGUGUGCCGGGAGCUGCAGUGUGGGGCGGCGGUGUCCACACCCAAGGGUUCCCGCUUCGGCCGGGGCUCGGGGCCGGUGUGGUCGGAGACCUUCCACUGUGCAGGCAACGAGUCGCUGCUGUUCCACUGCCCGCGGGGAAAUGGGAGCCAGUGUGGGCCCGGCCAUGACGCAGGGCUCAGGUGCUCAGAGUUCAGGCUGGUCAAUGGCAGCAGCAGCUGUGAGGGCCGUGUGGAGCUCCAGGUGCAGGGGUCCUGGGCGCCCCUCUGUGCCACCCACUGGGACAUAGCAGACGCCACCGUCCUCUGCCACCAGCUCAACUGCGGCAACGCGGUGGCUGCACCUCGAGGAGGCCAUUUUGGGGACGGGGACGCUGCCAUCUGGCCUGACGCAUUUCACUGUGAGGGGACAGAACCCUACUUGUGGAAUUGCCCAGUAAGCACCCUGGGGGCCCCGGCCUGUGCCCCGGGAAACUCAGCCUCCGCAGUCUGCUCAGGUCUGCCCCACGGCCUGCGGCUGAGGGAAGGACAGAGCCGCUGUGAUGGCCGCGUGGAGGUCUCCCUGGAGGGCGUGUGGGGCCGCGUCCUGGACGAUGCCUGGUACCUGCGCGGCGCGGACGUGGUGUGCCGGCAGCUCGGGUGCGGAGCGGCCGAACAAGCCUAUGACGCACCUGCCCCCAGCCGCGGGUCGGUCCAGGUGUCGCUGAGCCGCGCGCGCUGUCUGGGCACCGAGACCCGCCUGACUCAGUGCAACGUGUCCGCGACCCUGCAGGAGCCCGCGGGAACCUCGCGGGACGCCGGCGUGGUGUGCUCUGGGAGCCUCGGGGUGCGGCUGGCCGCGGGGCCGGGGCGCUGUGCGGGGCGCGUGGAGGUGCUGCACGGGGGCGCGUGGGGCACCGUGUGUGACGACGCCUGGGACCUGCAGGACGCGCACGUGGUCUGCAGGCAGCUGGGCUGUGGCCGUGCCCUGAGCGCCCUGGGGGCCGCACACUUCGGAGCCGGGGCAGGGCUCAUCUGGCUGGACGAGCUGGGCUGCCAGGGCCACGAGUCUGCUCUGUGGCAGUGCCCGUCGACGGGCUGGGGCCAGCACGACUGCAGGCACAAGGAGGACGCCGGCGUCUUCUGCUCAGAGUCGGUGGCUCUGAGGCUGCGAGGUGGGACCUGCUGCUGUGCUGGGUGGCUGGAUGUGUUCUACAAUGGGACCUGGGGCGCCGUGUGCAGCAAUGCCCUGAAGGACCUCUCCUUGUCCAUCAUCUGCAAGCAGCUGGGGUGUGGGGAGUGGGGAUGGCUGGAGAACAGGCCCUUCCCCUCUGCCGGCACCGGGACCGCCUGGGUGGACAACAUCCAGUGCCGUAGGCUGCGCAACUCCACUCUGUGGCAAUGCCCUUCCCAUCCGUGGCACCCGCAUUCCUGUGACCUUCGAGAGCAGGCCUGGAUUACCUGUGCAGGAUUGUCAGAGGACAGGCCACAGGCUGCUGGGGAGCCUCUCAACUGCUCCUCCUCGCUCGGCUGCCCAGAGGAGGGCGCGCUGCGCGUGCGCGGGGGCGAGGCCCGCUGCUCCGGGCGCGUGGAGCUCUGGCACGCGGGCUCCUGGGGCACCGUGUGUGACGACGGCUGGGACCUGGCGGACGCGGAGGUCGUGUGCCGCCAGCUGGGCUGUGGUCGGGCCGUCGCCGCCCUGGGGGCCGCCGCCUUUGGCCCUGGCUCCGGACCCGUGUGGCUGGACGAGGUGGGGUGCCGGGGCAGCGAGGCGUCCCUGCGGGGCUGCCCUGCGGAGCGGUGGGGACGCGGAGACUGCGCGCACAAGGAGGACGCGGGCGUGCGCUGCUUGGGUUCCCCGAAGACCACUGUGCUGCCCCUGCCGCCGCUGGCAGGAUUUGUCCACCUGUGCCCUCCCACGUGGGCCUUCCUCGAUCGUACCCACUAUCUGGGCCUGCAAGCUUCCCGGAUUCUUCCACUUGGGCCCUCCACCUGGGCCUCUCGUGUGGUGGCCUCAACCUGUCUCUCCAUGGGAGGAGCGCCUGUUCAGGCAGCACAAAGGCCCACCUCUCCUGGGGUGGCCCCCAUCCCUGUGAGGCUGGAGCCCUCCAGGGCCAGGGUCACAAUGGCCCAGGCAGCCCAGGUGCACAGCAUGCCCCGCCUCUCACUGUGCCCCACAGCCCCUCCCUUGGCCCCUCCACCUGCCCACAAGGCCUGGGCCAUGCCUGAGAUCACCUGCCUGGUCCUUGGCUCCCUUCUGGGCAUCAUCUCCCUGUUCCUGGGCAGGCAGUGGUGCCACCGCAGAGCAGCCUGCAGGGGUUGGGACAUGUCAGGCCAUCUGUCCUCAGAGGGUGUCUAUGAGGACAUCGGAGCCUUCCCCAUGGGGGAGAAAGACGAGGGACCUGCAGGAUCCGGGGACCUGGGCCUGGAGGAGGACUAUGACGAUGCGGGAGAGCCUGAGGACGGCGCUGGGGAGGAGGCGGAGGAGGCCAGGGUGCAGCUGAGCCCCGCAGCUGAGCAGUGUCCUUCCAGCACCUUGUCCCAGUCGGCUGCAGGAGGGGCCCUGGGCAGCCCAGGUCACUGUGAGAAGCCAUAUCACUGUCUCCCGACCCACGGUGUCCCCUUCUUGUCCCUUUGAGGCUUUGCUUCCCAGCAAGAAACCGGGAGAUGAGAACUCCUGGGCUUUGAGAAAUCGCUCAGCACCCCAAUGGACCCUGUGUCUGUCUCCCUAAACAUAGGUGGGGCUCCUUUCAGCCUGGGUCCCGAAGCUGAGGCUGAGAUGGAAGACCAUGGUGGCCUCUGCCCCAGGAUGUGAUGACCUGGAGCUGACAGUGGGGAUGUCAGUGUGAGGGGACAGUGGGAUAAACCAGGGAAGGCUGGGGUCUUCCUUGUCCUCGCUCUCAAAACAGAUGUUAUUAAACUCUCUU